CCCCGACCGGUAAAUGAAAGGGCGGAUCAUAAUUUCGAAAACAAACAUACGGAAGAGACGAAGGAGAGAGAAACAAAAAUGUCACUUGUAGACUACGCUUCAUCGGACGAAGACGUGCCGGCGGCGGUGGAGGAGGAGGAGAAGGAUAAUCGUAAUCAGUCGGAAAACCACAUCAUUACAGAGCCUCACCUCCCCAAGCACGAGCCGAGGCCUCAAUCUCCUCCCCUCAACCAGCCCAUUGUUAAGCCAAAUCAACAGUUUGAAACUAAUGAGGAGUCUUCUUCUGUGCCUUGGGUUGGGCUUCCUGAUGCUUCUUUACUCUUGAAUUCUCCAACAUCUUCUAGUCUUUUUAGUGGUAGCGAUCACUCGUCUCGAGUAGCAGCGGCUAUGGCUGCCAAUGCAUCUCGCAAGAGAGAAACAAAUGUUUUAGGAUCUUCUCUUCCUAGGAGUAAAUUUCCAAGAUCGAGCUUGCCUCACUCUAAGAAUGUUCCGGAUACUUCAGGGGCUUUGUUGGUUCCACCUCAGCUUACUGGAAGGAGUAACAUUGUCACCGAAGAUAUAAGCAAGCUGUUCGUGAAGAAGUCAGCCAAACCACCCUUUGUACUGAUGUUUACUUACAGAUAAUGCAAUGGCCGAAGUUCAGGGAUUGCAAUGAUUUGUGGAUUGUGUGCGGUACGUGAACCUUUUCCCCCUCCAGUAGUAAUUAAUGGGGCACACUUUUGCUCACUACUUUCUUGUUUCUCGUUAAUACACACACACACACACAUUGCUACCUACAUAGACUAAACUUAUAAUUUAAUGAACAAGAAUCUACUAUUGAGUUUGGGAAGUUGAUCAAGUUAGAAGGAUGUAAUAAUAAUAUGAGAAAUGAGUAGAUUAUGAGUUGGAAUUAGAAAGCAUGAGUAAAGGCAUUGUAUGAGCAAGGACGUGCUUAGGUUUAUAUUGGUAAUAGAUUUGAUUCGUUGCAUGA